UGGAGACUGGAGCCAAACGCGAGCUCUCUCCGGGCGCGAGUCAUUAUAAAGCUCGAUCACGCGCGUCACCCGCUGUGUGUCACCGGAAUAACGGAACCGUGUCUCUAUGGACAGAACAGCGGAGUUAGACGCGUCCGUCCCGGGGAGAUCAGCGGCGGCGCUCGCCCGUCUACUGCACCGCGACUGCACGCGUCUGCUCGAGCUUUACAAAGAGCGAGAGAGUUUCCUCUCCCAUCAUGUCCCAGAAGGUGAGCGCCUGGUGACCCUUGCCCUUUGCCCUGAGGCCCUGACGACAGCGGAGCAGGUGGGUCAUGUCCGUUCGGCCCUGAGACGGUGUAAGGAGCUUCUAGAGUGCCUGAUCACCCGUGAGGUCGAGGAAAUGGGCAAAGAGUUGGAAGGGGAGUACGAAAGUCUUCGGAUGACCGUCAAGGAUCGACUCGGCCAUUUCGUCCACAGUACCGGAGCUUUGCUGGAGAACGGAGAAGAUGGCUGUCCACCGUCUCCAAACUUUGAGUGUGCUGAGGGUCAGGAUGAAGUUGAAGGUUCUGGUAGUUUUGCUGCUAAACUCUGGACCUACAGAGUUCUUCUGGAGCUCAUCCACUGGACAGACUCGGCCUGUCAAACCCUUCACCUCUUCCACACCGAGAAACAAGGACAACAACAGCUACUGUAGAAACUCUGCAUCCGUUCUGGGCCAGUUUCCACAAAUUAAUUAUUUUCCUGGACUGAGCACAAUGUCCAAUAGAGAAUCCGUUUAAUCCAGGACAAAGAUCAGUGCAGGAAACGGCCCCUACAUGCUUUAAUAACUCAAUGCAUGUCAAGACCAGAGACUUCGAGAAGUGUCAGAUGAUUCAUUCAGAUCUUUAGUGUAGUUCAAGACUAAAGUGGAACUAAUAUUACCAUUAAAACAUAGUUUAAAUCAGUGUCCCAAACAUCACAGAAGGAAUUACAGUUGAUUAUUCAAACGACACUACAAAAUAAACAAAAACUCAUUUUCUUUAUCAGUAUGUGUCUUCCAGAUAAACCUACUUUAGAAGCAGAAUUGUAUAGUCUUAAGUUUGUUUCUUACCUGAUUGGCAAUUUUUUUUUUAUUGUUUAAUUGUUUUCUUGUUUUAAGGAUAAACCUCAUUAUGUUUUUAGUUAGAUUUAAUUCAAGAAAAAGUAUGAGGGGAAUUUAUUUCCUGAAAUAGUUUUGCGUUUCUUCAAUACCCUUAUGAAAAUUAAGCAUGGCUUUAUUACAGUAUACAGUAUUUUAAACGUGAUAUUUGUGGUCAAAUCAUACUUUCACUACAUAUGAACACUAUAGUUAAACUGUAAUAACCUUUUUCUGGCAUUCUGCAGAAUGAUAAUGAUUUUAUUGCUAUAGUUUUUGUGUUCCUGUUUUAUUACUAUGGUUUUACUACAAAUAUCAUGGUUAAUGUAGUAAUACUCAUUGUUAAUUUUCAUAAGGGACAGAUAAAGCUACUGAGAGAAAACACAAAAGGGUCAUUCUGUCAACUCAACCAGAGUUAACUAAAACAUAUAACCGAUAAAAAUAUAUAUAUAAAUGCCAUGGAUGAAUAUUCACUGAGUAAUCCACUAUUAUUGUAGAGAGG